CUAGUUCAGGUAAACCCUCAGCAGUGUCCAGGGCAGCAGUGCCAGAGGUCAACCAGGAGAGUGUAAACAUCAACGUGGAAGAGAAGAUCAAUUUGACAGCUGGGCGAGACGGAGGUCUACAGAACAUGGAGGUCCACGGUCUGGUCACACUGCGCGUCACAGACGAGAAAUACGGGAGAAUUAAGAUAGCAGUCAAUAAUAGAGACCAAAGGGGGAUCCAAGUACAGACUCAUCCUAAUGUGGAUAAAAAGCGGUUUGCCUCAGAGUCUUGCAUAGCCCUCAAGAACCCAGAUAAGUCAUUCCCUAUGAAGACGGAUGUGGGUGUUCUUAAAUGGAGGUUCCAGACACAAGAUGAGAGCUGUAUGCCUCUAUCUAUAAAUUGUUGGCCAUCAGAGACCAGUAGUGGGUGUGAUGUAAACAUAGAAUAUACACUGGAGCAAGAAGAUAUGGAACUAAAUGAUGUAGUUAUUACCAUACCACUACCCCAUGGUCAGUCUCCAGUGGUCAGUGAUUGUGACGGAGAGUACAAUUUUGACCGGGCAAAGACUCAACUUGAGUGGUCCAUUCCUGUCAUAGACUCUGGUAACAAGACAGGCAGUAUGGAGUUCAGCAUAGGAGGUCAUCCUGACGACUUCUUUCCAGUCCACGUCUCAUUUGUUUCCAAGAAAUCUUUUUGUGAUAUAGAGUUAAUUGAUGUUCAAAUGGUGGACGAUGGUACGCCCGUCAAAUUCUCCUCACAAGUUCUCUUCUUUGUGGACAAUUAUGAAAUAGUAUAACAGACGCAUUCAGUAUGCCUCCUGCCAAACGGAUUAAAUCUAGAACAAACUUUAGUUAAUAGUGUUGGAAUAAUUGAAUUAACACUGCCGUGCUGAGAGGAAAAGGCAACUCUAGAAUACACGACCUUGGAUUAUGAGGAAAAAAAUAAGGAAGGGACAAAAUUUGUGAAGUUUUAUGCAGCAGCAGCUAUUCCAUCUUGUUUUCAUAGCAGUCAUACUAUGUUUGAGGAAGAUACUGUAAAUGUGUGAGGAGAGCUCAAGAAUGGCCAACACAUGUUGAAUUAUUUAAUGUUCACAUCUUCAAGUAUCAUUCAUCACAACUGGCUGUCACUAGAAAUCACUUCAUCAUUAAGAUUACAACUACAGGGUUUUGUUUCCAUAGUGAAGGGAGGGGGGGGGGAGUGACAAUUGAAACCAGAUU